AUGUUUAUUAUCUCCUUCUUGAUAAUAUUAUUUUUUGAUCGUACAUAUUGUGAAGUUGUUUGGGCAGUCAAUUGCGGUGGCCCAAAACACAUAGAUUCCUAUGGCGUUGAGUACAAGGCUGAUUUUUUAAACAAGGGUACUGCAUCAGACUAUGGCCGUUCCUUCACGAUAAAUCGCAUUGCUUCAGAAGAUCAUAUACUUUAUCAAACUGAACGUUAUCACAAUGAAGAUUUUUCCUAUCCUAUCCCAGUUACUUCCGAUGGAGACUAUGUUCUAACAUUGAAAUUUUCAGAAGUUUGGUUCACGGAACGUUACCAAAAGGUAUUCGAUAUUCUUGUUCAAAAUACCUUACCAGUUGUUCAAAAUUUGGAUAUUUUUGGUCAAGUUGGCUUUGCUACAGCGCAUGAUGAGCAUAUCCCAUUCAAAAUAAAAGGCGGGAUGAUUCAUAUUGAAGGGAAUUCAGCUCCAAUUGACGGAGAUCAUUUCACUGUGGAUUUUAUUAAGGCUGAAUAUGAUAAUCCGAAAAUCAAUGCAAUUGUCGUUACAAAAGGCAAAAUUGAUGAUGUACCUCAGUUACCACCGUUAGAUGACGAAGAAUUAGUAUCACCUCAUAAAUUUCGUCAACCUGUUCCACCAGCUGAAAAACAAGAAUCCGAAGAAGAAGGUGGAAAAGAGUCAACUUAUAAAAGGCCAUCAAGAUCACCAAGAGCAAAAGAUCCAUAUGCUUCCAUUGACUCUUCUUAUCUUAUUCUACCAGUCCUGGUGACAAUUGGUGCAUUUUUACCUAUUCUCUUUUGUAUAUGUAAACUUUAA